UUCGGCGGCUCUAUUCCUAUCUUUAGCUGGAGAUGUACUUCUGAGGCUGCGAAAUCUGUUGUUUCUGCCAUUGCUGCCUGGUAACAUUUUCUUGGCACAAAUGCGUUCGACGUCAGCAAGUGCACCUGUCACUGCAAAGUCAAACGUGUGUCCCCUGUGCGAUCUGCGACCGAAACGCCAGCCGCCUCAGUGUCAGAUCUUCGACCGUGCCCUGGGUAAAGGCACAUGUGUCAAUUCCAGUCGCCCACAUUAUAAGAAUAGGCGAGAGAACUCAACUUAUUCGUUGGAACGCGACGUUGCAUUCAUCGAUCUCGAGCGAUUUGACAAGCUACCGAAAUGGCGCAUCUACUUGUUCUUGGCGCGUCAGGGGUUUCGGGGUGGGCUGCCAUGCACCAGGCCCUGAUAUAUCCAACACCGACAACUUUUGCAAAGGUUACUGGAACGACAAAUAGGCCAGUGACGAAGGAGAAGGCCCUACUGCCAGCAAAUGAGGACCGGGUCAGACUUGUCAGCGGUAUCGACUUUACGAGGCCCGUGGAUGAGGUCAAAACCCUGUUGACCGAGAAGAUCCCGGACAUUGACAGCGUCACGCACGUCAUUUAUGCCGCAUACAGAGUCCCCUCAGAGAAGGGGCCGAUGCCCCUCAGGGCUGCAAACGACUCACUCCUGGAGACCUCGAUCACAGCCAUCACAGCCCUGGCGCCGCGGAUACGCUCCGUGGUCCUCCAGACCGGCGGCAAGGCCUACGGCCUCCUGUUCUCGCAGCACAUCAAGCUGGCGCCCCCCUUCCACGAGUCCCAGCCGAGGGUCCCAGACCCGUGGGGCCAGGAGAUCUUCUACUACUCGCAGGUCGACAUCCUGAGGCGCCUGUCCGCCGAGGCCGGCAACUCGUGGACGUUCACCGAGGUCCGCCCGGACACCAUCAUCGGCUUCGUCCCCGGCACGAACGCCAUGAACGUCGCCCAGGGGCUCGGGUUCUACCUCAGCCUGUUCCGCGAGGUGCACGGCGCGGGGGCCAAGUGUCCCUACCCCGGCACCGCUGCGGGCUACCGGUCGCUGCACACCGACUCCAGCCAGGACAUCAUCGCCAGGAUGGAGAUCUUCGCCGCGCUGGAGCCGGAGAAGUGCGGCGGCGGCCGCGCCUUCAACGUCGCUGAUGGUGAGGUGGUGACCUGGGGCGACGUGUGGGGCGGCAUCUGCGCGUAUUUCGGCCUCGAGGGGUUGCCCCCGAGCGAGGGGACGGAGACGGCGGGUGCGUUUGUCGUCAAGCAUGCGGACCGGUGGCCUGGUUUGGUCGAGCGGGAAGGGCUGGAGGGUAUGGAUAUCGUGGCGCACAACUGGUGGUUUGUGGAGCGUAUCCUCCAGAUUCCAUUUGAUCGGCAGUUCGACCUGAGUAGUGCGAGGGAGGUGGGUUUCAAGGAGACAGUCGACACUACCAGAGGAUAUACGCUUGUGUUUGAUAGGAUGAGACAGGCGAAGAUGAUUCCAUAGUCGACGCGAACCAUAGAAAUCACUUCAUGUGAUGUGUAUAAUAGUCUCAGAGCUUAUCAUGCGCAUCAAAUGCAUGGCCCAGGUCGUGAUGUCUUCUUUCGACAAGCACUGGGAAUGGUACGGGACUACCUACGUACCUAGGAAGUGCCACAGUCGUGAGAUUUGUUAAGUUCAGCCCAAGACCAGAUGCAUGUUCAGUCAUUCUGAUAACACUACGAGGCUUGCUGUCCCGGCGAGGUAAAUGAUAACAUUUUCAUCCGCCAGGCGCGGUCACACUCUGCCCAACUGUUGAGUAGUGUUCGGGAGUAUGGACAGAGCAAGUAAUAUGUGUACUGUGUGCCU